AAUGUUUCAUUUGAUCUCUAUUUUCAGGAUUCUCUGCAGAAAUUACAUUGCAAAAAUUUUCUGUUUCCCCUUACUAUGGGUAAAGCUGACUUGGCUGGGGAGGCGGAAUCCUCUCCAGCAUCUGUGUUGGAUCUCACUGAUGCUUUAUCUUCAUUGAAUCUGAAGAAAGAUGAAACUGUCUCUGGUGAAAGGAAGCAAUUUUCUUCUGAUUCUUCAUCUAAGGAUUCUGGGCAAGAGUCAGGCUCUGACAGUGAUGAAGCUGAAACAAUUACCAAGUCUGAAACAUUUACCAAGGCUCUUACUACAGAACCUGAGAAAAAAGAAUUUGAAGCAUCUCAGGGUAAUUUCAAGCUACCUGUUGAUGAUGGUGUAGAAAGUGAUGAAGACAAUGAGAAUGUGGUGUUGGAGGACGAUUUGCAGCCUAAAGUGGAAAAAGCUGUCAAGGGUAAUAUUGCCUCUGAGAACCUGGAGGAAGAUCAGUACCAAGAGCGAGGUCCUUGCAAAGUGUCUCGUUCUUUCUAUUCUGGGUCACGGUACAACCCUAUGCUGUCAGAAUUGGUGGGUAAAGGUGACCCAAGCUUGGCGUCUUUCCGCUGUGAUGACACAACCGUCUACCAGCCCCUCACUCCUCCUUACUGCCAGGGCAUCACUCUUCAGGAUGAACUUGCCUUCGACUCAUCGCCGCUGAACUUCAAUGAUAUGGUUGUGCCUGACUUGUCUGACUUGACGCCAACCCAAGAAACUAACCUCAACAGCAGCCCCCUUUAUGCUGGAUACAGCAGCCCUGCCCCUGCUGCUGGUGGUUACAACAGUCCAUCGGCUGCUGACUAUAACAGCCCUGCUGCUGCUGGCUAUAACAACCCUGCUGCUGCCGGCUAUAACAACCCUGCUGCUGCUAAUUACAACAGCCCUAUAGGAGUUGGCAACAACAGGUCCCUCACGGCUGACUACAAUGACUCCUCUCCUCCACAAAACCAGAUGAAUUACGGCUAUGGGUCAGGCCCGAUUAUUAUUCCUUUAGGGCCUAGCAGCAAUGGUCCAUCAGACGUUCAGACCCACUUACCCAACUGGACAUACAACUCUGAGUGCUACUCGGGCGACGACAGCCUCAAUCCGCUCUCUUUCUGUCCGGACCUCUCGACCAAUUUCCUGGAAGCUAUUGAAGCCGCCGUGGCCCGUACCGUUGACCUGAGCCUGGGCUUGCCCGGCAGCGUGGGUCUGGAAGACGAGCUGCAGGACGAGGCGAGCAACGAGAACAUCAGGAACAUCAUUGACAGCCUGCGCAGCAUCGACCCUAACGAACUGGACUACAUUGCACCCGCCAGCCCUGUCGCCGCCCACGAUGAUCUCGAGCAGGAGCUGGCGCUGUCAUCAGAGCCCUGGCCCGAGAAUGAAGCCCUGCUGUCACCAUCGCCACCCCUCACCCCCUCCUCCCCCUCCCUACCAUCCACCCCCUUCUCCCCCAGCCUCUCGCCCCCCACGUCUCCAGACUGCGGGGAUCAGGAGAGUCGUUCCUCCAUCAGCUUCAAGGAGCUGACGCUGAGCUGCAAGGCUGCCGUGGCUGCUGUAAGGGAGGUUUGCAACCCAGACGUCAUCCUCAGCGCUGCCAAGCGUGUGGCGUGUCAAGAUACUGAGGAUAUUUGUCGCAAAGAUCGAGAUGGCGACACGUGUAUCAUGAUCGUGGUGUGCAAGCCGUGUGACAGUAAGCAUUUCUACGAGAACCUGUUCGUGCUGCAGCAGCACCUGCAGAAGUUGCGGCUAUGCUGUGACCAGAUCGUAGACAGUGAUCACUCUGAGUGUCCGAUCUGUGGUGCUGACAAAGCCAAUUGGCGCACCCUGCUCAGCGAGACGAACAAUGCUGGUGACACGGUGCUGUCGUGUGCCGUGAAGAUGCGUCACCCAGAGCUGGUGAUCGACUACCUCUGCGCUGGGCUGACGAGCUGCGAGGAGGAUCUGAGGCGCGUCUUUGACGAAGCUGGGCGCAGGUUCUUCAGGCCUUACACUCGCAUGUACCCCGGCCUCAGGAGGUUCCUGUAAAUCCGCACACACGCGCGUCACGUUCAACGAGCUGCUGCUUUGCCUUCGAUCGUAACUUGACUAACGCGGCGACGUCUUGCAAGCUUCAGCUUACUGAGACUGCAGUUCAGUUUACGGGAUGUACUGGACAACUGAAAAAUCUGGUUUUUAAUUCCAUAAUAAUGUAGCAAAAAUUCUUCCAUGUUUAUGACACUUUAGAUAUUACCAAUAUAAAAUCAUUGACCAGAAUGAUGUUGGGUUAUGACAAGGAUUAGCAACUAAUCAAUAUGUAACUAAAACUUAUUAUGAUAUUAAUCUCUACAAACCAGCUUUCCUUAGCGGUGUUAAACAUACAUUGUGUUAUGAGUCGCCUCUUUGAUUGGGGCGAGAGAUUAAAUUUUACUUUAGUUAUUUAGAUCUUAAUGCACGACGACACUGGAGAGUCUUAACGGGCCUCUCUCUGGAUGGUGAUUAUGAGAGGUUAUAUAUGCGCACCUGGGACUCAAUUAAACACAGAAAAUUGAUGAGGUUUGCCUGCUUGUAAGCAUGUUCAGUUUAUGAUUACCUUAUUUGGAUACAAGCCUGCGUCGCUAACUGUGCUCUUAUUAAGUGCCUCAGAAUCCUGCUAUUACAUUAUUUUCAUUUUUACAAUCUUCAUAUUUAAUUGCAUCAAAUUUUUCGAGUUAUAUUUUCGAUAUAAUUGUACAUAAUCGGUUGGAAAUACUUUUGUUUUAAAAUCACUUCUUCAAGUUCUUCGAUAAAAGUUGUUUUUGGUUUUCUGUAUCAACUUGAGUACCAAAUUGUCAGCAGGACUUGACACUCACUGCACCUGAUACCUAACAAUUACUUGUGUAAUCGCAUGAAUUUGAAAUUUAUGUCGAUAUCCUGGCAUUUCAUAUCGUUGUGUUGGUUGACUUUUCUUAUCAAUUUGUUCAAUUUCGUUGCCGGUAUUGGAUUUGUUCGCAUAUACCAAUCUUUCAGGGUAUAAUUCAAGGUACGGUAGUUCUAAUUCGCCAUUAUAUUUAAGGCGAUGUAGUUCAGUAGAUACGGAAAUUAUUCUAUUUUUAUUGAUAUUAGUUUUCCUAAUACUUAUUAAAUUAAUGUUUGAAAAUUAUAUUUGAGAACAUUUAUGGUAUAUAGGAGCUUCGGAAGCACAGAAUAAUAAAUUAAUGUUUGAAGAUUAUAUUUGAGAACAUUUAUGAUAUAGAGGAGCUUCUGAAGCACCAAAUUUAAUUUUAAUGAAAAUGCUUCUAAAGCUGUAUUUUUUUAUAUCAAUGUUUAACAUGAAAUGUGUUGUGUUUCUUAGAAUUCUAACCGAGCUUUAAAUACUGUGUUGUGGUUUACGUAAUUAAUUCUGUGCGAUUUCCUUCACGAAUGCGUUUUACGUCACGAGUGAAUUGGUUCGUUCAAAAAUUGAAGCCCAAUGUUUGCAUUCAUUGAGAAUUUAUGCACAAGAUCUUUUUAUCAACCAUUUUCCCUCCUAUGAACUAUUUAUCGAGAUGUACUUUCAAUAAUGAUACAAAUCUGCGAGUCACGCAGAUUUGUACUGGCAUGCGUAAUGUAGUCCAUAGUGCAACGAACUGCUUCCUUUCACCUAGCCACAAGUAGAUAGUCUCGUAGUUUUUCAUACUGCACUAGGUUAAAAGGCCGUGUUUCUCUGAAGAUAUGCAAGUCAAUUUAACUGUAACCGGUUUCUAGAUCCCGGUUUAUGGCACUAUCGAGUAUUGAUGAUUUCUUCAGGCAAGUAGCCUUCUAUAACUAGAGUUUGUAAUAAACUAUAUUCUAACACUAUUGCGUCUUUUUCAAGUACUUAUGUGGGUCACUUUUCAAUGUUGUUUUCUUCUACAGGUAUGAAUCUGUCGGGAACUUUUAUAGAUGACAGUCACUGUAUUCUGUGA